CUUUUGUAGUGAUUAAAAAUGAUUUAAGGAUAGGCACAUCAGCAGAAAACAUAUUAGCUGCUAUUACAGUUAUUUAGCUUUAUCUUUGGUUAGCUAGCUAGCCUAAGCUGAAUCAUUUUAGCAGUAAGAGCAUGGCUGAGGCGAGUAACGGUACACGAGGAGGAGAUUUGAGAUCCCAAGCCGCCAGUCUGGAUGUAGAUGAAAAUGAGGAAAGUUCUGAGGUGUUCCUGAGUGUGCUUGUGCAUCAUGACCAGGUCGGGCUCAGCUUCUACGACAGUAAAGAUUGUACCCUGUAUGUGAUGCCGGACACGGUGGAUAACCGAGACCUCAGUCUGCUGGAUAGAAUCCUCCAGGAGCUCAGCCCUCGUGUCCUCAUCACCAGCGCGAAGCAGGACAGAAGUCUGGCCCGGUUCAUCAGAGCGCUCGGAUCCAAUCCAGACUACAGACCAGAAACUGUAGUGUAUCCCAACGCUGAUUUCGGACUGGAGGUCAGUAAACAGAGGCUGCUGUCUGCACAUCUCCCGUUUCUCCCUCCGUCCAUCGCAGAGAAGGACCGACUCCCGUAUCUCUCCUCCUGCAUCCCGUUCGACUCGGCGUUAAUGGUGAGGACUAUAGGAGCGCUCCUGAAGUGUCUGGACAGGAGGAGAGUCGGUGUCGAGCUGGAAGAGCGCGGCAUGCCGGUUCCCAUAUUACGCUUCCUCACCUACACGCUAUCUGAUGUGGUCUAUAUGGAUAAAGAUGCGUACAGCGUAUUGCAGAUCUUCAAAUUUGAGCAGCACCCUUCGGUUUACAAGCUGCAGUCAGGACAGAAGGAGGGUCUGAGUCUUUACGGAAUUCUGAACCGUUGCCGAUGCAAAUUCGGCUCCGGACUUCUACGGAAGUGGUUUCACCGGCCCACCAGAGACCUGAGCGUGCUGAGGAGAAGACAGGAGGUGAUUCGAUUCUUCACGUCUCCUCGCAACUCUGAGCUCAUGAAGACCCUGCAGAGCUUCCUGCGCAACAUCAUGAACAUUCCGGUUUUGUUACGCAAAAUGUCUCUGUCUCACACCAAAGUGGUCGACUGGCAGAAUCUCUACAAGACGAUGUACAGCUCAGUGGGGAUCAGAGACACCGUCCGCUCUCUCCCCCAGACCAUCCAUCUCUUUCGCCAGAUCAGCGAAGAAUUCACCGACGAUCUGCACUACAUCGCUACGCUCAUCAGCAAAGUGGUGGAUUUUGAAGGAAGUCUGGCUGAGAAUCGUUUUACCGUUAAGCCGAACGUCGACCCCGCCAUCGACGAGAAGAAAAGAAGGAUGAUGGGUUUGUCAGAUUUCCUAACGGAUGUGGCACGUGCCGAGCUGGAGAACCUGGACUCCCGCUUUUCUUCCUGCAGUGUCCUCUACAUCCCUCUGAUCGGAUUCCUCCUUUCAGUUCCCCGACUUCCUGGCAUGGUGGAGAAGGAGAACUUUGAGAUCGAAGGCCUUGAUUUUAUCUUUGUGUCAGAGGACCGGCUUCAUUACCGCAGCGCCAGAACCAAAGAGCUGGACAGCAUGCUUGGAGACCUCCACUGCGACAUCAGAGACAUGGAGAUGGCGGUGAUGACACAGCUCCAGGCCACGGUCCUGCAGCGCAGCAGCUGCCUCUAUAAAAUUGUUGCGCUGUAUGCUGAGCUCGAUUGCCUCAUGUCUCUGGCCCAGGCUUCUCAGGACUACGGCUACUGCGCACCCACGUACACCGAGCGCAGCAGACUGAACCUGCAACACGCCCGACAUCCUCUGCUGGAGCUGUGCGCGCCUGUGUACGUAUCGAAUCCGUGCGUUUGUUCCGACACCGAGGGAAAAGUAAAAGUUAUAACCGGACCAAACUCUUCCGGCAAGAGCAUUUACCUAAAACAGGUGGGUCUGAUCGCGUUCAUGGCUCUGAUCGGCUCGGACGUGCCUGCGAAAGAGGCCGAGAUCGGCCUGAUAGACGGCAUAUUCACGCGCAUGCAGAGUCGCGAGUCUGUGUCGGUGGGACUGAGCACCUUCAUGAUCGAUUUAAACCAGAUGGCUCAGGCGUUGAACUACAGCACCGGGAUGUCCCUCGUGCUGGUGGACGAGUUCGGGAAAGGAACCAAUACUGUGGAUGGACUAUCCCUUCUAGCUGCGUGUCUGAAUCACUGGUUAAACAGAGCUCCAGCUCAAUGUCCGCUCGUUUUUCUAGCUACAAACUUCCACAGCGUCCUGCAGCUGGACCUCCUGCCUCGCUCUCCACUGCUCUCCCUGCUGACGUUAGAGACCGCUAUAGAUGGGGAGGAGUUGAUCUUUCUCUACCAGCUGAAGGAAGGGAUCUGUCAGUCAAGCCACGCCGCUAACAUCGCCACGCUCGCUGGCCUUCCGCCCGCCGUGGUUCAGAGAGGACUGGAGGUAUCAGAUUUGUACAGAACAGGGAGGACCAUCCAGAGGAUCGACCAGCCCUCCAGUGAAGAACUGAUUACCAGAUGUGAAAGCGUGGUGGAGAAGUUCCUCAGCCUCGAUCUGGACGAUCCUUCGACGGACCUGCAGAGCUUUUUGAAAGACGACCUGCUUCAGACCAUCGGAGAGGCGCUGUGAUGGAACUUCCCGGGCGAGUAACCGGAAAGGACGACGCCUUUUUUAAAGCACCCGAUUCGCUCGCGGCAGCGAAUCAGGAUAGACCUUCCAGACCGGUAAAAUGGCCGUCUGAAUUAGCGAUGUUUACGUAAAGAUGCGUUCGAAACACUCCGCGAAGUAUUGCUUUGUAUUGUAGUACUGUAGCAAAAGUAUGUUGGGAGAAGUAUUAGCAUUUCAGUUUGAGAUCUGUGUUAUGGUACGGCACAGUACCGAAAGUCUUGUAUACGUGUUUAUUAACUCACCGUUGCCGUUUAUUAACGUUGUCAGUAUUCUUUAUUUAUUUUUAAUCUGAUUUUCAUGCAAUCCAAAAAAAGUGAUCUCGAGGAAAUGUUCUGUAUAUGUUCAGUUCUUAAGGUUGAGAGAACGUUAAAUAUAUGUUUCAUGUAACUCUUAUUGUAAAUCUGCACUGAUGAAUCGCAUCACAUCGCUAUGCACGAUCCACCGCUUUAUUUACAGCAUAUUCAUUUAUUUCGCUUCUAAAGCCAGUCGUUAUUAGAAACGCCAUCUCGCACACAUCUCUGCAGCUGAACUUGCAUAUGUACACGACACCCUUCCAUGAGCUAGAGGUAAGUAGUCUCUAUUGCUACGCCUACUGUACUAUCCAUCCUAAAUAGUAUCCGAGAUUAGAAUCAGCGUGUCCCAAAUCAGAGCAAAGGAACCCGGACGGUCUUGUAUUUCCGGUAGAUUUUCGACACUUUUUUCUACUGUGACUCGGCGGGAGGAGGAGUUCUGUGACGGUUUGCGUCGCCGGAUCCGACCUGCAAACCGCGUCUUCAGUGUUCAAGUGUAAGAAC